AUGAGGCCGCCAUCAUUCAAUGGAGGAAUAGAACCGAUGAAAGCUAAAGCGUGGGUGUUGGAAAUAGAAAAGUUGUUUGAAGUUUUUCCUUGUACCAAAGCCCAAAAAGUGCAACUGGCUACCUUCACUCUUGAGGACGAGGCACGGAGAUGGUGGAUGCUUACGAGAACUAUACACCAAGGAUUGACAUGGGACAAGUUCUUGGAAUUGUUUUAUGAUAAGUAUUUUCCUCAAAGUAUGCGAGAUAAGAAGGUGGCUGAAUUUGAAACUCUUAGACAAGGAAAUAAAACCGUUGCAGAGUAUGAAGCUCAAUUUGCAGAAUUAGCUCGGUUUGCACCUCAUAUGGUGGACACAGAUUAUAAGAAAGCACAAAAAUUUGAAGGGGGAUUACGGGGUGCUAUCCUGGACCAGGUUAACAUGUUAAAGUUACCCACUUAUGUUGAUGUGUUGGAGAGGGCUGUUAUAGCUGAGGGAAACCUUGCUGCUCAGAAUCGGAUUUUCGAGUGGAAAGGAAAGAGGCAGAAUAUUCAAUGGUCAAAGGGGUCAACUACUCCACCAAACAAGAAACAAAAUUCAGGGACUUCAAAUACUUCUACCCCUAGUCGGGAUUCAAUUCUUGUUUGUUCAGAAUAUGGAAAGAAGCAUCGUUGA